CUGGGUUCCAUGGACAUGUUAAACGACUCUUACAAAUGUGCCAAUGAUGCCAAGCCCUCCCUCGCAUGCACUGAUCUGUCAUUGAAGCCGACCUGCUUUUGUACCUGUAGCAACGGCGUCAUGUUCGACGAGACGCUCCCUCAUUCUUCUCACGGAACUUCCUCUUGCAAUGAUUGUGAGGCAGAGAAGAAUUAG